GAAGCUGAGGAUGUAGCAGCAGAGAGGAGAAAACAAGCUGUAGUAGAACAGGUGAUGGUGGAUCAAUUAUCUAGAGCUGUUAUAAGUGACCCAGAGCAAUCCACACAUGCUGAUGUUGAUCAGGCAUGUCAUGGACUUCCAGGACUUGGGACGGCACCGUUGCGUUUUAGAAAAAGAACGCUACAUGAAACAAAAGUGAAGACCAAAUCAGGAUUAACUGAAAACAUGCUUUCUAACAAGCUACGUUUUGAUAGUAGGAUUGUAUCAAGAAAUGGUCGUGAUGCUUGUAGAGAGUUGAUUGGAUUUUUUUUUGCAUAUGACAAAUCCCUUACUGUGUAUGAAUUUCGACAAUUUGGAAAAAAUAGAACAAAUGCCUUGCCUUUCAUUCAGAAGGGAGUGUAUCAACACCAGCGUGGACAAAAGAAAGGAAAAGCUUAUGAUCUCAGUGACUUUUAUGUAGGAGCUAACCUCACUUUCCAAAGUGUUGAUCAUAACCUUCCAGAAAGUGUUAAGCAGAACCCAGUUCUCACCCUUCGUGUGACAAGUACUGAUGAAGCAGCCAUGGAUUUUCUAAAAGCUACUUCUAUGGAACUUGAGCAAGAAUUUGCCAAGCAAGAGACUGAAGACAACAAAGUUCUCAGGAAGAUUCAAGGUACGCUCAGAGAGACACUAAGGAAAAAAGGAGUUCGUGUUUUAACAUGCUUAGGCAAGCAUUUCCGACAAAUGGACAAGAACAGAAAUGGGUUUCUCUGUCAGGCAGACUUUAAGGAAGCUCUAAAAUUAUUCCAUUUGGAAGUGCCUGAAGGAGACUUUGAAUCCUUAUGGCUUAUUCUUGAUGAUAGCAAGACUGAUAAAGUUGACUAUGGGGAAUUUAUUCGUGCCAUUGUUGGAGAAAUGAACGAGUAUCGGAAAACAUUCGUAAGAAAAGCUUAUAUGAAACUCGAUUUCAACAAAACUGGGAGUGUGUCUAUGGUAGAUAUCAGAAAAUGUUACUGUGCAAAGAAACAUCCUCUAGUAUUGGCAGGCAAAGCCACAGAAGAAGAAAUUACAUCAUCAUUUCUAGAAACAUUAGGAGAUUCCUGCAGUAAUCCCAAUGAAGUGUCCUAUUCAGAGUUUGAAGAUUACUAUGAAGGAUUAAGUAUUGGAAUCAUGGAUGAUGAUGAUUUUGUUAAUAUCUUAAGGAAUCCUUGGGGAAUAUAGAGUGGAAGAAGUCAAAAAAAGGAAGAGAGAAACGUUCUAAACAAGGAGUAAACUAAAAAAAGUGAAGAUUUAGUCUUAACAUGCAUUACUUCAUAAUUAAUGUCUUACAUUGAUUUCAAGGGCUGAGAAUUUUAGGUGCUUUCAGAAUAAUACUCUAUGAGUUACUUAGUGUCCCUUGAGCUGUGCUAAAUACUUUCUAAAUGUAAAUACUGUUCAUUCCUUUUUAUUUGAAACAAUAAAGGCUGUUCCCCAUA